AUGGCAACAAUCGGAGAAUUUAGAGAAAAGACUGAUAAAGAGGAAAUUGGAGAAAGGGGAGAAAGGGGAGGAACAUCAUUUCUGAAGUCGUUAGGAAAAGGAGAAAAAAAAUUUGAAGUGAUAGGAGAAGUUGAGGACGAAGUGGGAAAAUGA